GCCGCGGAGCCGCCAGCGUCGGGCGUGGGCCGCGAUGGCGGCGCCGGGGGCGGCAGCGCCGGGCGGCGGCAGGAGCGGCGCAGCGGAGUGGGGCGGCUUCGAGGACAACAUGCAGGGCGGUGGCUCCGCCGUGAUCGACAUGGAGAACAUGGACGACACGUCGGGCUCCAGCUUCGAGGACAUGGGGGAGAUGCACCAGCGCAUGAAGGAGGAGGAGGAGGAGGAGGAGGCGGAGGGCGAGGCGGGGGCCGCCGAGGAGGAGGACGGGGAGUUCCUGGGCAUGAAGGGGCUGCGGGGGCAGCUCGGUCGUCAGGUCGCUGACCAGAUGUGGCAAGUGGGGAAGAGACAAGCCUCGAAGGCCUUCAGCCUCUACGCCAACAUCGACAUCCUCCGGCCCUACUUCGACGUGGAGCCUGUCCAAGUGCGCACCAGAUUGCUAGAGUCCAUGAUUCCCGUGAAGAUGAUUAAUUUCCCACAGAAAAUUGCAGGCGAGCUCUAUGGGCCCCUCAUGCUCGUUUUCACGCUGGUGGCCAUCCUCUUGCAUGGAAUGAAGACUUCAGACACCAUCAUUAGGGAAGGCACGCUGAUGGGCACAGCCAUUGGCACAUGCUUUGGUUACUGGUUGGGCGUCUCCUCUUUCAUCUAUUUCCUGGCAUAUCUCUGCAAUGCCCAAAUCACGAUGGUGCAGAUGCUGUCACUGUUGGGCUAUGGCCUCUUUGGACACUGCAUCACCCUCUUCGUCACCUAUAAUAUCCACUUCCACUCCCUCUUCUACAUCUUCUGGUUAGGUGUUGGUGGACUGUCUACACUACGAAUGGUUGCUGUGCUGGUAUCACGCACCGUGGGACAUACUCAGCGGCUCAUCCUGUGUGGGACCCUUGCUGCUCUGCAUAUGCUUUUCCUCCUCUACCUGCACUUUGCUUAUCACAAGGUGGUAGAAGGUAUCCUGGACACGCUGGAAGGACCCAACAUGCUGCCCUUUCAGAGAGUUGCCAGAGACAUUCCAGUUGUUUCCAAUGCUAUACUGAACACAACGGCCAAAGCCGUGGCAUUGACCCUGUAGUUUCACAAACUUGGACUUGCUUCCUUCACUACUUUUGGAGCUAUAUAGGGCAGUAUCACCUGCUGUUUCCUAGGAAGAGGACAGAACAGCAGGAAUAGGACUUCAUUUUAUGUUGUUUUCCUGGACUUCUCUUUUGUGUUGCAGUUUUGGGCAGUGAAGUGGACAGCACUUCAGUGACUCAGAAGAAUUAGGCUCUUCCCCCGCCCAUGUCUGGGCUGCUUGGGGUAGAGCAAUUUUGUCACCUGCACACUUAGCUGGGACUUCCCAGCUCAGUUUGUCCCUUCACCCAUCUUUCUGCUUGCUCCUAUAACCCCAGGGCUAUGUGCUCUAUUCCUGUCCUGAAGAGGGAAGAAUUAAAUUGAUUUUGGUGCUGAAUGAUGUCUUAUAUUUGAGCCUACUUGCAUAAAGGAGAAUGGUGUUGGUC